GGAAAAGAUUAUAAGAUAACGCAUUGGCAUCUUUCUUGAAAUUCUAAAAUCACUCUCUUACUUUAUCUUCUUCUUCCUCCUCCUCUUCCACCCAAAACCCUUAUUCAUCACCCUUCUACCCACCAUGUGCACGUUAGAGAAGCGCGGUGAUCUCUUCAUCCUAACCUUAACAGGCGACACCAAGAAAGAUCAGGAGCAUCGCUUAAGCCCGCACCUCAUUUCAUCCAUCCGCUCCGCGUUAGCCCAAGUCAAAUCCCAAGCCGUCAACGGAUCCGCGCUCGUCACGCUAGCCCAAGGCAGAUUCUUCUCCAACGGCUUCGACUUGAGGCACGCGCAGGCCGUCGGCGUCAAGUCCGGCUCAACCCAAGCCGCCGUAGCGGAGCUUCUCCGGAUGGUGGAUCUGUUCAAGGGAGUCGUCGCGGAUCUCCUCUCCCUCCCCAUGCCUACCAUCGCCGCCGUCACCGGACACGCGGCCGCCGCGGGGCUGAUCCUGGCCAUGAGCCACGAUUACGUCAUGAUGACCUCGUCGAGGGGGGUGAUGUACAUGAGCGAACUGGAUAUAGGUAUGACUUUGCCUGAUUACUUCACGGCUUUGAUUCGGGGGAAGGUGGGUUCCGCCGGGGCUCGGCGGGAGCUGGUGCUGCUGGCGCGAUGGGCCAAGGUGGGGGCGGCGAGGGCGGCGGAGAUGGGGAUCGUGGACUCGGCGCACGGUACCGCGGAGGAGGUGGUGGAUGCUGCGAUGCGGAUGGGGGAGGAGUUGGGGAAGAGGAGGUGGAGCGGAGAAGCGUACGCCGAGAUUAGGAAGGCUUUGUAUCCGGAGGUUUGUGGGUUGUUGGGGUUGAAAGAUGCGACUGUUCUUCCUUCCAAACUUUGAGAAAUUAUUGAAAAAUUACAGUAAUAAUAUAUUUGUGUUUGAUGAAAAAAAGGGUGAAUUUUGGAGAUUUCUCAACUGAGAAAUUGUUUGAUCAGAUCAGCUAUGUCAUGACUUUGUUACUUUAAUUCGUCUCAAUUGUCCCGAAGAA